UCCCCUAGCAGGCCCCUAGGCGGUACAGGAGCUGCCCCCGUACCACUGUGAAACAGGUGGCCCCUAGGUCAACGUGUUUCAAGCGGAAACAGAGCACAGAAGAGACGAACAUCCAUCGCAAGAAACAGACCACCGACGACGGUGACAGGAUUCGAGAUCCUCAUCCCCCUUCCUUCCUUCUAGCCAGCCACAUACCGUCCUUUAUUUUCAUUUCUCUUGCUCUAAUUAUUUGGCGCGGUUGCUGGUCAACAAAUCACCAAUUCGACAAAGUCACCUUCCUGUGCGCACCAUUUUCCAACCCACCACUACCAUCACCACCGUCAUGGAUCGUUCGCGCGCGCCGACGAGAGACUCCUGGUUUGCGCCCAUAUCCGUCGAUGUCUUCCUCAAAGUCCUCAACGUCACCCUCCUCCAUCCUUUCGUAGCAUGGAUCAUACCAUUAUGCUUUCGCGCUGAGCACCAGGCCUGGGAUACACGGCCCAUGACCGUCAGUAUCGCAUGGGCAACCUUUGUGACAUUGCUGUGGAUGGGGAACGUCCUGAGUCAUAAGAUCGCAUAUGGCAUGCAUCGCGAAGUUGAUUUGCAAGAGGAGGUCAUUGUUGUCACGGGAGGCUCGAGCGGACUUGGCCUGCUGAUCGCAGAGGUUUACGGCAUGAGGGGCGCGACGGUUGCGGUCCUCGACACCAAGCCGCUUGAGAGCACCGAAGCGCGGGGCAUCACAUAUUACCAGUGCGACGUCAGUGACAAGGGACAGAUUGCUCGCGUCGCGUCUGAAAUCGAGCGUGAUCUCGGAACGCCUACCGUCCUGGUCAACAACGCCGCCAUUGUCGUUGGCAAAAAACUGCUUGACAUGAGCGUUGACGAAGUCGAUAGGAGCCUGAAGACCAAUCUCCUCUCACACUUCUACACCGUCAAGACCUUCCUCCCUGGAAUGAUCAACAACGAGACAGGGGGCACCAUCGUCACCGUUUCGAGUGUGAUCGGUCACCUCGGUGCCGCUCAGCUGUCUGACUAUGCAGCGGCGAAAGCCGGUGUGACGGCCUUGCAUAAGUCUCUCGCUGCUGAGCUGCAGGAAUACCCUGAAAUCAAGACGAUCCUAGUGACGCCUGGUCAGCUCAGCACGCCCCUCUUCCAUGGUGUCCGCACGCCCAACUCGUUCAUCGCUCCCAUUGUAGAGCCAAUCGACAUCGCUAAAGAGAUCAUCAAAGCCAUCGAUCUUGGUCUGAGUGACCACAUUGGCAUGCCGCUCUACGCCCGCUGGGUUGACUGGUACAAUGUGUUACCAGUAGGCCUUCAGAAGAUUGCUCGGAGUGUAUCCGGUAUAGAUCGGAGUAUGAAGACAUUUAUUGGUCGUAAGGCUACAGAGGACAAAGAGAAGGACGGUAGUCUGAUAUGAUUGCAAAGGAAACAUACAAACCCAGGUAUUGGCCUGUAUGGUCACUUGGAUGCUGGCAUCUAUGUAACAGAUAGUGUAUAAUGUAUCAGCAUAGCAGUCUGAAUUGGUUCAGUUGAAGUGCAUGAGCGCCGUCAACACACCCAAAGUUAAUGUCCUCUUCAAGUGGAUCACCGUGUUUGAGAUAGAUUGCACAUCUUGACUUAGAUGGCUACUCGAUGUAACAUAUCUCUUCCAACAUGGCCAAUAAGGUAGUGUAGACUCGUACUUGAGAUAGAUGCACCUCAAGAAUCCCUCAUCCGGCAGCUCCGAAGGACAAGCGACUUUCAAGCCCCAUCACCCAUAAUUACCUUAAAGUCGAUGAGCAACCGACUAGUCAGGCCUCCAGUUCACCUGUCUGCCUUGCUCGUCAGCUUGCCAGCAAGCCUCCGCCUUCUGCCCUCUUCUCUUUGCCCGGCAUUCUAUUCAUAGCAAUGGGCCA